AAUAUGUGGAUGGACAAUAACAGUAUAUAAUUAAGUUCCCUCUACCCGCUUUGAGUUUGAGGAAGAAGUACAUAUAUAAGUUGCUUAAGUAGCUUUGUUGAUUAUCAAUUUGCUUCCAGGAAAUAUAAUUAAGAUGGGAGAUGUUUUAACAGAAGAGCAGAUUAAUGAGUUUCAAGAAGCUUUUUGUCUACUUGACAAAGAUGGAGAUGGUCGUAUUACCUUUGAGGAACUGGCCACUGCAAUUAAAUCUUUGGAUCAAAAUCCAACAGAAGAAGAAUUGCAGACCAUGAUUAAUGAAGUGGAUGUCGAUGGCAAUGGAACGAUUGAAUUCGGGGAGUUCUUGAAUCUCAUGGCAAGGAAAAUGAAGGAAAAUGAGGCAGAUGAAGAACUGAAAGAAGCUUUCAAAGUGUUUGACAAGGAUCAAGAUGGCUACAUUUCACCUAAUGAGUUGAGGCGCGUAAUGAUCAAUCUAGGAGAGAAACUGACGGACGAAGAGCUAGAGCAGAUGAUUAGAGAAGCUGACUUAGAUGGAGAUGGUCUUGUUAAUUAUGAAGAAUUUGUCAGAAUGAUGUUAGCCGUUUGAUCAAAUGUAAAAAAUUAACAAAUAAAAAAAUUAUUAUCUCUUUCUUUCUUU